AAAAUAUAAUUUUAUUAUAAUUAUAUGUUGUGAAAUGUACUUUCUUUAGCUACAUACAGUAAGAUGACGUUCCCAGUGGUCAGUCACGUGACUUUUUACAGUAAAUCCAAUAUGGCAGACGGAGUGGUUCUUGCACGGUAACUAAAGCAACGUUUCAACAAAAGCUGUCAAAUUAAACACUACUCAGCCACAGGACGUCCACUAUGAGGGAGAGGCAGAAGAAAAAGAAGGGGAGAACCUGGGCGGAAGCCGCUAAAACGGUUCUGGAAAAGUACCCCAACACACCUAUGAGCCAUAAAGAGAUCUUACAGGUGAUCCAAAAAGAAAGGCUUAAGGAAAUAAGUGGGACCUCUCCGCUGGCCUGCCUGAAUGCAAUGCUGCACACAAACUCUCGUGGUGAUGAGGGAAUCUUUUACAAAGUUCCAGGCAGGAUGGGCGUCUACACACUAAAGAAGGACAGCUCAGAUGUUGUGAAGAAGCUCUCAGAAGAGGGCUCUGAUGACAGCAGUGAUGAUCUGUCUGACUCCAGAAGCUCAGAGAACAAUGGCGCUGCUGCUACAGAGGGCAGGAGAGGAAGGUGGAUGCGAAGAGUUCCUUCCAAGCUGCAGUCACAGCCGCCGUCGUCUCCGCAGCCGCAGUGCUCAUCGCCUCCCGUCCCCACCUCUAAACUCAUCUCACCCUCGCAGAAACACAGCAAGAAAGCACUGAAACAGGCCUUGAAGCAACAGCAUCAGAGAAACCAGCGCAGACAGGGGGGAAUGCCAACCAUCUCCAGUUCCAGGCUGCUUCUGAAGACCAUCAAAGACAUGGCAGAGAACAUCACAACAAAAACUGACUUAUGCCACCCAGUCAUGCCUAGAAAGGUUUCCCAGAGAUCCAGCCGCCUCAGUGCAGGUCAGAUAAAACGUACAAAGUGCAAAAUCGAUGUGGAGACACCAGACUCUAUUUUGGUGAACACCAACCUGAGAGCAAUCAUCAACAAGCACACCUUCUCCAUCUUGCCUCCAGAUUGCCAGCAGAAGCUGCUCAGACUCCUUCCUGAAGUCGACCGACAGGCGUGUUUAGAUGGUCUUUUGAAGGUCACCGGUUCUGCCUUAAACAACGAAUUCUUCACAUCUGCAGCUCAGUCAUGGAAGGAGAGGCUGGCUGAAGGGGAAUUCACUCCGGAGCUGCAGCUUCGAAUGCGUCAAGAAAUCGAGAAAGAAAAGAAAGUUGAGCACUGGAAGGAAGCUUUCUUUGAGCGCUAUUAUGGGGAAAAUUCAGGCCUCAGCUAUGAGGAGUCCAAGGCGCUGACGAAGGCCGAUCUGAAUCAAAAACCUUCCAGACUCCAGUCUAUUUCUGACCGGGUUAGGUCUGCCGCUCAGGCGCCAGAGGACAGGAAGCGCUCCAAGAACAGCAGCUCGUCGGAUCCUGCUAAUGGCGCGAAGCCAACUCACACUUCACAGGAGCCUCAGAAAGGACAUCAGGGUCACAAAGAGUCCGUCUCCGUCUUAGAACCCAUGAAGACCCGACGCUCGCACAGCGCAGAGGAGCGAAGGUUGAACUCCGCUGCAAAGGCUGGCUCUCUUCCUUCGGUUAAAACAUCAGAAGCCGUGAAGCAGCCUGAGCACAAGUCACCUUCUACCCCUGCUGAUAAGGAGCAUGAAGAAGAGAAGAAAAGUGAGCUCCCUCAGUCACCUGUAAAGGAAAGUCCUCCAUCAAAGGCGGGUUCAGAUCUAAGCGAGGAUCAGCUGGGGACCCCGGCUAAGCCUGCUGUCGAUAGCAAAGAGGUCAUUGCGGAGCCCAGCGGCACGUCAGACCCUCAGAAGAGGAAAUCAGUCAGCGAGACUGAGGGGGAGGUGACACCAGAGAAAAGACCUCGCUUGUCCUCAGUUUCUUCAGUGUUUUCAAUCUCAUCUGCGUCUCCUUCAGCGUCCUCUUUAUCCAGUCCUGCUACACCUUCUCCAUCCAGUCAGAGAGUUCCACCGCUCAAGAUCCCAGUGUCACGAAUCCUUCCCGUUCCUCUGUCACCCAAUCAGAUCUCACCGCGGACUCCCCUCCACGCCCCACUCAGCAGCCCAGGUCGCACCGGUGCUCGCACUUUGGCUGACAUCAAAGCUAAAGCUCAGCUUGCACGAGCACAGCGUGCUGCUGCGGCUGCAGUGUCCUCUGCAUCGAAGGGACCUGGGCCGGGGGGAGGAAGUGGUAAUCAGACCCAGGCAUCACCAAGUCCCAGCCCAACAUCCCCUCAAGCACCAACCAGGUCACCAGCCACCAGCAGCUGCCACUCCGGUGGACUUUCUCCCAGUUUGCCUAGCUUAAACCAGCCUCAGAUAUCUGACACAAAUAGAAAUGGUGAGAUGCACAAACAUCACUCUGUUGGUACAGGUGGGUCACAAAGCAUCCACAACUGUUCAAACGCAUCAGCGCAGCCUGGGGAGCAGGCCUCCCCAAAGGCUGCAGGGUCACUAACCAGGACCAGCUCCUGCAUCCCUGCUAACAACCCGCUGGUGACUCAGCUUCUGCAGGGCAAAGAGGUUCCACUGGAACAGAUUCUUCCUAAACCAUUAUCCAAGGUGUCCAGCCCACCCGCCCAGCUCUCCGCUAGUAAACUCAAGACUCCUCAGUGUGUUGAUCAAAGUACUGAGAAGCAGAUGGAUUCUGGAGAACGACCCGGACCUUUGUCAGAACACGCAAAGCAUCACAGGGAACUUCCCGAUAAGGCGACCCAGGAUCAGAUCCUCCAGGCACUAAUGCAGAGGAAACUCCAGCAGAACCAGCCUUCUGGAGGCACGGGGUCUCCGUCCUCACAGCACAACGUGCAUCACAUGAUACACGCCGAGGAACAGCAGGAUCAGCCUAGAUGUUUUGUUGGCUUCUUAGGUCGAAAGAGAGUUCCCAGACCUGCCAUGACAGGACAUUAUUUACUCAACGUGUCCACGUACGGGCGAGGACCAGAGAGCAGGAGGCUGCAGAUGCCCGUUUGUCCAAAAAAGGUUGUUUCUAAUCUAAAAAGGGAAAGCACAGAAGGGAAUGAGGUGAGUAGGGAAGAAGGAGUGAAAUCCGAGCAGCAGGGAUCUUCAGGAACUAAGAGUGACGACACGGAGAGCUCUCAGUGUUGCCCCGGCAUAAAGACUGAACCUGGAUCAGAGGAUAGUUCAACUGGUGAUGAUGACCGCACCAGCGCUAAAGCCAAAGACACCAGCUGUUUUCCUCAGCCACACCGAAGCCACCUCGAUCUCUGCAAUACUAAUCAAGGAAACUCCGAGCCAUAUCCUGCCCACAUGGACCCAGGUCACCAGCAACUGGCUGCCUUCCAAGGCCAGAGAACUCUUGAUAAUCAGGAACCCGUAGAAACUUCGCGCUACGACGGCACCAUCAGCGUGUCUGUACCUCACUCUCUGAACCACGACGCAGCGGGCUCCGGUUCUUUGUCAGCCUCCUCUGAGGCCGACGGCGGGAGCAUCUGUGGGAGGGUCAUGUCAUUCUCGGUGACCGUCACCACCAUACCCGCUGAACACUCGUUAGAACACGCCGGUCAGGGCGAGCCCUCGCUUAACCAAUCAUACAUGGAAGGCUCCAACAUGGAGGACGUCCAGUCUAAAUGCUACUGCCGACUGAAGGCCAUGAUCAUGUGCAAAGGGUGUGGAGCCUUCUGCCAUGAUGACUGUAUCAGCCCUUCCAAACUGUGUGUCUCUUGUUUAGUAGUACAAUAAUAUAAAGUUAAUAAUUACAUGUUUUCUAUAUAUGUAAAUGAUAUAUUUGUGGCACAAACGAGCAUCAGGUUACUUAGCCCCAACAGCCAGCAUCUGGUUACGUUCAGCAGAGUGAGACUUUACACUGGAUGAUCUUGUUUUUAUCCACUAACGUUUUUAAAUUAAAAACUAGAAAUGCCAACAAGUUUCUAAUCCGUUUACUCGCCUGUCAGACCAGAACCGGCUUUUAAUGAAUUUGUUUUUAACAAUGAGGGAAAAUGAUUGUUGCUGUUUUUUUGGAUCUUUAUGACUGUUAUACGUCGAGACUGAACCUCUUCUUUCUUUUUAGUUUAAUAAUCGGAUCAAAUGGGUCACGUUUAGCGUCACAAAAGGGCACGAAUGAUAAUCAUGGGUUGUGAGGACCUCCUGUUAGGGAUUUAUGCAUAAAUGGCAGGGAAGAGCAACUAUUUUAUGUUAACAGGUACAUUAUUACAGAACAGAUGUAUUUAAAAAGAUGUAUAGUUUAUCAGUAAAGUAUAUUCUCUAAUCAGUGAUUGCACAUCAUGACGUCAAGGAAAUAUGCCAAAGCACUUGAACCCCCUUAGAUAAAAGGUAGAAGCCGAAAACGGCGCUAAAAUUCAGACGUGUAAAGAAAAAAAACGUAUUUAUAUAUAACCUUUCCUUUUGGUAAACACAUGUUUCCAUAUCAGAUAAAGGUCUUAAGUAAACUUCUACUGUUCAAACCUGCUUUUUUUCUGGACUAAGAGCCGUUUUUGUAGAUAUUUUUUCUAUAUCUUGUGUUUUUAUAGAUCGAUCAGCCAUGGUAGUGACUAAAUAAUGUCAUUGGGAAAAAAUGAAGACAUAUUUGUUUAUUAUUUGUAAAUAAUUGUUAUUUGCCUAACUUUGUGCAAAACCACCUUCCUUAAGCAGCUUUUAUUGCAACGGUCUUGUUGAGCGUGUGGAGAAAAAUGGUGGAAAAGGAGUUUUUAUGCUAAAGUAGUAAAUGAUAUUGGAAGUUUUCUGCACGGCACGCUUGAUUUAGUAAAAGCAUCACGAGGUACGAUAAAUCAGAUUAAUAACACUUCACUUCUUCCAGUGUAAAAUAUACUGUUAUUUUCUUCCAUUUUAAGGUGGUUUCAGCCUUUUUAAGCCCCAGUUUUUUAAUAUCCCAUUUAUGCCACGUAAUGUUGUGCACAUGCGGCGCAGGGAACCCUCUGUUGUUUUCACUGUGAUAAUAUAACACAGCAUGGGCUCAGUUUACCCAAUUCCCUCUCAGAAACGGUCAGCGUGAAAUCGUUACCUCAAGAAAAAUAAAGACUAAUGAAAUGAGUUUUUAAAUCUCCAAACGGUGCAGAAAUGUUCCCGUUUAUUAUGGUAGUUACUUUAAAGGCAACAUGCCAAAGUCACCUUAGAGAAAACGGAUAAUCAGAAGUUGUUUAUCAUUUCACACAAGUUAAGUCAUAGUAAUAUAUUUUAAUUAAUAUAUUUUGAUAUAAAGAUCUAUUAGCGUUUUUUCUCUCUUUUUGACAAAUCAACAGGGUAUUUACUGUAGUAAUUUAUUAACUUGUCCAUGUUUUCUAUAGUUUUGUGUCGAGUGGGACGUGCACCAUACAUAGAAACAUAAUGGACGGCUUUAAUCAGCCCACUGGUUUAUUAUGUGUGUGUCAUCAAAAACAAAGUGUGCUUUCUAAGGGGUCCAUUAAAUUUUAUUUUAUUAUUAAAGUGGAGGAUGUUGUUUGUUGAAAUUUAAUAUGUUAAUAUGUUGAUUUCUGUUGAUGAUAUUGUUGAUUUCUCGUGAUUUGGCUGAAUGUGAUCCGAAGAUGCUGUAUUCACUCGUGUGGACUUUGGGAUUGGAAUGCACUUCAGGAAAGGCAGCUGAAAUCUUUUGUUGAUGACUGAAUUACGUGUCCAGUGGCAGCAGUCCCUGCUAUUACUGAAACGAGCUGUUUUUAUGCAUUUGGCUGAGUGGUUAUUGUGAAUGAUCGCCACCUUCUCCAGCUAUUCGUUUGUUUCUGUCUCAUUUUGCCUCCAAUAAAAUUCCAGUGAAUGUAACAUAGUAAUCUGCACUUGUAAACAAAAUGUAUUUUAUCAAAAGAAUCAUCGACUAUUGUAUAAAUAAAUAUUAAAACACAA